CUUCCGGGUUCCAGCAUUCUGGUCCAAAUCCACCUCUCCGCCUGUGCAACACACACUUUACACACGCACGGGGGACUGGCAGCAGGCAGCAUCGAUCGUGGCUCCUUUAAGACAAACUCAGACAGACAUUUUUUUAACCCUCUUCCUCUAGCCUCUCCAGUUGCAGCACUUGCAAAGGGGGGAGAGAGAGCGGGAGCGAGAGCUGAUUAGGAAUUAGGACUGAUUCAAGGAAAAAAAAGCCAGCGCUUUAGACCUUUAUGCAUUUGAAUAUUAACAUUUGAGGUGUCCUGACCAGUGGAAGCACACACAGCGGAUCGUCAUCAUUCAUUCACCACCUUGACAACCUCGUCUUUGAUUGACAGCUGGAGUGGCAAAAAGCCAUGAGACUUGGUAGUUGGGUUUGAGGGGCACUUUUAAAAAAAAAAAACUGAUUUGGGGAAAGGAUAUUUGCUUUCUCCCCGCUGCUGUCUUGGAAACGAGAGGGCGAGAGUGAGACAGAGAGAGAGAGAGAAAGAAAGAAAGAGAAGGAGAGAGAGUUUGUUUUUUUAUUUUUUAUUUUUUUUUAUUUUAUUUUUUUAAUGCUGAAUUAUUGUAUCGCUUCUCUGAGAUCCAGCAAGCUGAAGAUUUUACUCCAUUGCUCCCAUUGCUGGCGACGCUAAGGGAUUUUGACAAAUUUUUUUGGGUGGGGGGGGAGUUUGCGUUGUUUCUUUUCACACUGGCCUUAAAGAGGAUAUAUUAGAAGUUGAAGUAGGAAGGGAGCAAGCCAGGCCGAUGGCGCAAAGGUACGACGAUAUACCCCAUUACGGUGGGAUGGAUGGAGUAGGGAUCCCCACCACCAUGUAUGGGGAUCCUCAUGCCGCCAGGUCAAUGCAGCCUGUUCACCAUCUGAAUCACGGUCCUCCGCUGCACUCUCAUCAAUACCCGCACACAGCUCACACCAACGCCAUGCCCCCCAGCAUGGGCUCCUCUGUCAAUGACGCUUUAAAGAGAGAUAAAGAUGCCAUUUAUGGAUAUGCUGAAGCGAUCAUCAGCCACAGUCCCAUGGCUCAGGGCCUUCGACUUCAGGGCUCUCGGUUGCAGGGUAGACACCCCCUGUUCCCUCUUUUAGCACUGAUUUUUGAGAAAUGUGAAUUAGCUACAUGCACUCCCCGGGAGCCCGGGGUAGCGGGAGGCGAUGUCUGCUCCUCAGAGUCUUUCAACGAAGACAUAGCAGUGUUCGCCAAACAGAUCCGAGCAGAGAAACCCCUCUUUUCCUCUAAUCCUGAACUGGAUAACUUGAUGAUUCAAGCCAUACAAGUAUUAAGGUUUCAUCUGCUGGAAUUAGAGAAGGUACACGAAUUAUGUGACAAUUUCUGCCACCGGUAUAUUAGCUGUUUGAAAGGAAAAAUGCCUAUCGAUUUGGUGAUAGACGAUAGAGAAGGCGGAUCAAAAUCAGACAGUGAAGACAUAACAAGAUCAGCAAAUCUAACAGAUCAGCCUUCCUGGAACAGAGAUCAUGAUGACACAGCAUCAACACGUUCUGGAGGAACACCAGGGCCCUCCAGUGGGGGGCAUACAUCACACAGUGGGGACAACAGCAGUGAACAAGGUGACGGCUUGGACAACAGUGUAGCUUCCCCCAGCACAGGUGAUGAUGAUGAUCCAGAUAAGGACAAAAAGCGACAUAAAAAGCGUGGCAUCUUUCCCAAAGUAGCCACAAAUAUCAUGAGGGCAUGGCUGUUCCAGCAUCUCACACACCCGUAUCCUUCAGAAGAACAGAAAAAACAGUUGGCACAAGACACAGGGCUCACUAUACUUCAAGUGAACAAUUGGUUUAUUAAUGCUAGAAGAAGAAUAGUUCAGCCUAUGAUAGACCAGUCCAAUCGAGCAGGCAAGUCCCCAAUAGUAACUGUAUUCAAGUCACGCAGGCGAAAACCAUCCUCAAGCCAUUCACCGGGAGGUCCAUUACCUGUAAGCCAAGGAACACCUUAUAACCCAGAUGGACAGCCAAUGGGAGGCUUUGUGAUGGAUGGGCAGCAGCACAUGGGAAUCAGAGCGCCAGGGCUGCAAAGUAUGCCAGGGGAUUAUGUGUCUCGGGGUAGCCCAAUGGGUAUGAAUAUGGGACAGCCAAGUUAUACCCCACCCCAGAUGCCCCCACAUCCUGCUCAGCUGCGUCAUGGGCCCCCCAUGCAUACCUACAUUCCUGGACACCCUCACCACCCAGCAAUGAUGAUGCAUGGAGGACCCCCCCACCCUGGAAUGCCAAUGUCAGCAUCUAGCCCCACAAUGCUUAACACAGGAGACCCAGCAAUGAGUGGACAAGUGAUGGACAUUCAUGCUCAGUAGCUUAAGGGAAUAUGCAUUGUCUGCAACAAUGACAGAUUUCAAAUAUUGUCUCUCUGCAAUGACUAUGGAGUUCCACUCUUGGCAUCUGCUUUGGACCAAGGAACAAUCCUAUUCUUCACAGGGACCCUGAAAAGCAGGAAACACCAACCGAAGUCAACUUCUGGGGACAUGCUAA